AUGUCUAAUUCAAAUCAAAAUGUCUUUGGACUGAGUAAAGAACUGCUUACAACAACCAUAACUCAUGACAGUGCUCCAAAAUAUAAUUCAAGAACAAGUGCUAGUACAUUACCUCAAUUACCUAAAUAUCUGUUGUCAACUGAUGAAAUUGACGAAUAUGAAGAUAAUGGACCUACACAAGAAUUUGUAGAAUUUGAUCUCGGAGCAAAUAAAACAUUUGAUUCAUUGACAAUCCAAAAAGAAGAAGAACCUAAAAAUGAACCAUUAAUAAAAAAUGUUAAUGAAGAAGAGGACGAUUUUUUCACAAAUACAAAUUCAUGGAAAGAAAUGAAAACAAUCUCGGAUCUAGAUUUCUAUAAUGAUAAAGGUGAAUUACAACAUAAAUCAAAUUCAGGAAAAGACUUUACAAAGGAUAAUAAUUUACAUUUUGGUUAUACUAAAAUUGAUACCGAAGAACAAGUAAACAAAUAUGCAGCAUUAGACAAGAAAACAGAGUUUUUGUUCAAAGGUACUACAAAAUCUUACGCUAACAAAAAUAUACUUUUCAAUGCUGAUGAUUCAGAUUCAGAUUAUGAUAAUGACGAUGAAUUAGAUUCUGGUGAAACUUUAGCUGAUACAAAGCAAAUGCUUUCGGAGUCUCAAAAAUUCGCAUAUGUUGGUAUUACUAAAUUAUUAACAGUUGACAUGGCUACAAAUUUAGCAAAAGUUCAAUUUGGUACAAAUAGUAGAAUUGCAAAACAAUUGAGUGGUAGUCAAAAGAAUUUUUCAAAUUGGACUUUGUAUGUGCUAUCGAAAUUAUAUGAGCAUUUGGAUGUAAAAGGAGAAGAAAAGUUAAUGAUUGAAAACUUGAGUAAACAUGGAGUUGAAUUAAAAGAUCUAUCAAAAAGUUUAAAAGAAGUAGAAUUAAAGAAGCUAUCUUAUAUAGAUGAUGAAUUUGAUUUGAGGUGGGUCAUUAUAUGCGACAUGUUUUUGCUUUUGCUUAGUGAUGGCUAUUAUGACGCAAGAUCAAGAUCCUUACUUAUGAACUUUGCAGAGACCAUUGACAUUUCUAGCCUAGAAAUUUUGCAAUUUGAAAGAAGAUUAAUGGAAUGUCUAGAUAUGGAAACUAGAGAGAAAUCUAUUGAAAAUAAAGAUGAAUAUUUAAAUGAUCAAUCAUUUAUAAAACAACAAAUCAAGAAAAACAAAAACAAGAGAUUGCUUAUGAUUGGAUUAGCUACUCUUGGUGGUGGAUUAGCCAUCGGAUUAUCUGCUGGGUUAUUAGCUCCAGUUAUUGGUGCAGGUAUAGCCGCAGGACUUACAACUGUUGGUAUAACUGGAACCAGUGGAUUUUUAGCUGGUGUUGGAGGAAGUGCAUUGAUUACUACUGGUGGUGUAGCUAUAGGUGCACAAGUUGGGAAUAAAGCGGGUGCAAGAAGAGUUGGUGAUGUUCAUACAUUUGAAUUUAAACCAUUACAUAACAACAAAAGAUCGAAUUUGAUAGUAACAGUAAGUGGAUGGAUGAAUGGUGCAAUGGAUGAUGUUAGACUUCCUUUUUCGACAGUCGAUCCUGUUAUGGGAGAUAUGUUUUCAUUACUUUGGGAACCAGAAAUGUUGCAAUCUAUGGGACAAACAAUUGGAAUCUUGGCAAGUGAAGCUUUAAGUACUUCAAUUCAACAAAUUUUAGGUGCAACUAUUUUAGGUGCAUUAAUGUCGGCAAUUCAGUUACCAAUGGCAUUGUCAAAGUUGUCAUACUUAUUAGAUAAUCCAUGGAAUGUUUCAUUGGAUAGAGCUUGGAAAGCUGGUAAAUUAUUAGCAGAUACGAUUCUAUCAGGAAAUUUGGGGGUACGACCAAUUACAUUAGUUGGUUUUUCUCUAGGGGCAAGAUUAAUUUAUUCUUGUUUAAUUGAUUUGGCUAAAAGAAGUGGUUAUGGUUUAAUUGAAAAUGUUAUACUACUUGGUUCACCAAUUUCAAUAAAUACAGAUCAAUUAGCUCAAGCAAGAUCAGUUGUAAGUGGUAAAUUCAUUAAUGGCUACUCUAAAAAGGAUUGGAUUUUGGGGUACUUAUUUAGAGCUACUGGAGGUGGUAUAUCAACAGUUGCAGGAUUAUCAGCAUUAACAUCAGUUUAUGGAAUUGAGAAUAUUGAUUGUACAGAAUUUGUUGAAGGUCAUAUGUCAUAUAGAAAAGCCAUACCUAAAAUUUUAAAAACAAUGAAUUGGGAGGUAUUAAGCGAAGAAUUUGCUGAAAUUGAAGAACCAGACCCUGAACAAAAUGAAAGACAAAGAAAAUUAAUCAAUGAAUUUGAUGAAGCAAGAGCUAAAAUGGAAGACCAACCAGAAGAACAACCAAAAGGUUGGAAGAAAUGGUUUAAACCAAAGAAAAAAGAUUGGUGGGAUAUAUAUGAAGAUAAAGAUGAUAAAGGUAAAACCAUUGAAGAAUAUGAUGAAACAGCACCAGUAUUUGAUUUAGAUGCUUUAACUAAAGAAGUUAAUGAUAUAGAAAAUAAAAAAUAA